AUGACACUGAAAUUAUUCCUCUGGAGAAAAUCUAAGCCCACCGAUGGGAAAAACUGUGCUUCGCUCACGCCAAGCUUCAGUACUCAAAGUGGCUGUUAUCACUAUCCGUUAUCGUCAAGAUGCUCUCUUCCAAACUCACUUUGGAAUGCAGCCGUUCGUCCGCAACAGAACCAGAACGCAGCUCCUCGUCCGCGGCAGAACCGGAACGCGGCCCUCCGUCGACAGCAGAACCGAAACGCGGCCCUCCGUCGACAGCAGAACCGGAACGCGGCCCUCCGUCGACAGCAGAACCGGAACGCGGCCCUCCGUCGACAGCAGAACCGGAACGCGGCCCUCCGUCGACAGCAGAACCGGAACGCGGCCCUCCGUCGACAGCAGAACAAGGGAAUGCAGCCGCUGCAGCCUGGUUCUGCUGUGCAGCCUCUGGUCCGCAGCAGGACCAGAAUCGUCGUUGUUCUCAGUGGUGGCGAACUAAGUCGAGCUGUUGCUAAUUACGACUACGUUCAUUUCAAUACAGUUUUCUGGUGA